CAGUAAGCAUUUAUAGUUUUUUCUAUAUAUUUCUUGUUAACUUUAUUCCAAGGUGCUUUAAGAUUUUGUUGUCAAUGUAAGUGAAAAACAUUGUUUUUUUCCAUUCUUUUAUCCCCCUAUUUUCUAACUGGUGGUUACUGUUAUAAAGGAAAGCUCUGGAUCCUACAUAUUGUGACUUUGCUAUACUGUUAUCCUAAGCGAUUCCCAGUGUAAGGUUUCUAAAAACAAAGCUAAUGUGGUGUCUCUAUGUUGUCUCUAGGAUCAAGUUUAACCUCUUUUUACACAACACGACCCUGCCCGAUCUUGCCCCUAUUCUCCGCCCUAACCAGCAUCCCCCAACAUAAACUGUACUUUCCAGCAUCCCCCAAUAUAAACUGUACUUGCCAGGCCAACCAACCUACCUACCUACCUACCUUCCUUCCUUCCCUCCCUCCUUCCUUCCCUCCCUCCCUCCCUCCUUCCUUUUUUUUUGAGACGGAGUUUUGUUUUGUCUUCCAGGCUGGAGUGCAAAGGCGCGAUCUUGGCUCACUGCAACCUCUGCCUCCCAGGUUCAAGCGAUUCUUCCGCCUCAGCCUCCAGAGUAGCUAGGAUUACAGGCACAUGCCACCACACCUGGCUAAUUUUUGUAUUUUCAGUAGAGAAGGGCUUCGCCAUGUUAGUUAGCCAGGCUGAUCUCCAACUCCGACCUCAAGUGAUCCGCGCGCCUCGGCCUCCCAAAAUGCUAGGAUUACAGGCGUGAGCCACCGCGCCCAGCCCCAGGCAACAUAUUUUCUUAAGGCAGCUUGAACAGGCCAUGCAUUUCCACAUUGCCACACCUUUGCAUAUGCUGUUCACUCUGCUCCAAAUUCCCUUCCCUGUUUCUCUCCCGCACUUCACCUUCCUUUUAACUUUUUCUUCAAACUUGGCUCACGUGUCUUGCUUAAGGAGGGCUUCCCCAACCUCCUCCUAACCCAGACUGGGUAAGAUACUUCUGGUCUAGCAGCAUCCUUCUGUUUACCUUAUUCUCGUAGCUCUAGCACCACUAAAACGUUUUUCCUGUAAGUAACAUAGGUGCAUUUUUAAAUGAAACCGUGAAAAAGAAAUCACCCUAAUUCCGCCGGCAAUUUGUUUUAAUAUUUCAGUAGAGUUGCUUUUUUAAAGUAUGGUUUGGAAGUCUAGCUUCUAGCUGCAGGUUUGUGAGUAUCCUGAAAUUGACAGUUCUUCCACCGAUGCGUCAAAAGACGCGACAGAACAGUGGACCUCGAAGCCAGGACCUAGGUAAGGGCAGGGCCUAGCUCUAGUUCUGCCACCCAUAAAUUCACAUCCAUCCUGUGCCUGGGACUCAGCUGCAAGCCACACACACUGGCCCCGCCCCUCCGGGGGUCUCUUUCACCUGUCACUCACCAUUAACCCCGGCAGCUUCUCUCCAAUGACACCCCAGGGUUGUCCUACAGGGCCACCGAAGCCUGAAGCUCCUGAGUGGGGCCGGUAAGAGGCCAUUUUGAAAAGGCCUCAGCACGGGCUUCGCCUUUAGAUCCAUGUCGCUUCUCCUUUCUAACCCGAGAUGUGUCCCUUGGGUGCGAAGCGACACCAGCGAUUCUCUCGGAGGCCCCAGUGGCUCACCCCCACGACUCCCGGGGGAGGCGGUCCCCAUCCCUAGGGAAACCCGGCCCGCCCAGCCUUUGUUGCAGAAACUGCACACGGAGCCAUAUUUGCUUUCAGCCAAAGGCAGACGUGGUCGGAGUCGGAAGGGCAGGGGCGGACCCGAAACCCGCCGUGCGCCCCACUUCUCCAUCGCGCUCCUUCCUGGACUCUGAGGAAGAGAAAGUGCGCUCGACCACCUAAGGACCGCGUCUCCACCUUCCACCUUCCCAAUCUGCAGCUUCCCAAUCUGCAGCAAGGUGUCACAAGGGCUUCUCCGCAGCUAUGAUUUUUAACACCAUGCCCGGGCCAGGAGCCUCAGGGUGUCCGUUCGUUAAAAUGGGAGCCGAAUCAGGAUCACCCCAUGCGUCCCCGCACUCCGCCCCGCCGGUUCCAAGGCAGGGGCGCCCCUAGAGCGGGGGGGCUCUGAGGUGGACUUCCCGCGCCACCUCGCAGCUUCCCUCCAACUCCACUAAACGUCCCCCAGGCAGUCGGCUACCGGUCCCCGCUCCCCAGCUCCGCCAGAGCGCGCGAGGGCCUCCAGCGGCCGCCCCUCCCCCACCGCAGGGGCGGGGUCCCGCGCCCACCGGAAGGAGCGGGCGCGGGGCGGGCGGCGCUGAUUGGCCGGGGCGGGCCUGACGCCGGCGCCGCUAUAAGAGACCACAAGCGACCCGCAGCGCCAGACGUUCUUCGCCGAGAGUCGUCGGGGUUUCCUGCUUCAACAGUGCUUGGACGGAACCCGGCGCUCGUCCCCCAUCCCGGCCGGCCGCCCAUAGCCAGCCCUCCGUCACCUCUUCACCGCGCCCUCGGACUGCCCCAAGGCCUCCGCCGCCGCUCCAGCGCCGCGCAGCCACCGCCGCCGCCGCCGCCUCUCCUUAGUCGCCGCCAUGACGACCGCGUCCACCUCGCAGGUGCGCCAGAACUACCACCAGGACUCAGAGGCCGCCAUCAACCGCCAGAUCAACCUGGAGCUCUACGCGUCCUACGUUUACCUGUCCAUGUCUUACUACUUUGACCGCGAUGAUGUGGCUUUGAAGAACUUUGCCAAAUACUUUCUUCACCAAUCUCAUGAGGAGAGGGAACAUGCUGAGAGACUGAUGAAGCUGCAGAACCAACGAGGUGGCCGAAUCUUCCUUCAGGAUAUCAAGAAACCAGACUGUGAUGACUGGGAGAGUGGGUUGAAUGCGAUGGAGUGUGCAUUACAUUUGGAAAAAAAUGUGAAUCAGUCACUACUGGAACUGCACAAACUGGCCACUGACAAAAAUGACCCCCAUUUGUGUGACUUCAUUGAGACACAUUACCUGAAUGAGCAGGUGAAAGCCAUCAAAGAAUUGGGUGACCACGUGACCAACUUGCGCAAGAUGGGAGCACCCGAAUCUGGCUUGGCAGAAUAUCUCUUUGACAAGCACACCCUGGGAGACAGUGAUAAUGAAAGCUAAGCCUCAGGCUAAUUUCCCCAUAGCCGUGGGGUGACUUCCCUGGUCACCUAGGCAGUGCAUGCAUGUUGGGGUUUCCUUUACCUUUUCUAUAAGUUGUACCAAAACAUCCACUUAAGUUCUUUGAUUUGUACCAUUCCUUCAAAUAAAGAAAUUUGGUACCCA